CACACAUACACAAUUUUAAAAAAGAAGUUCGAUAAUGUUGAUCUUAGCAGCAGUGAAGGAAGAAGCCAUUGCUGCGCGUAUGUAUGUGAAUCAUUCAUUGACUUGCUAGCCUUUAGAAGCAAAUAAUUGACAUUUCUUCAACAAGCUUGUGUGCCAUCACAAAACUUCCAUCAUCCGUAUCAAGACUGCUGCUACUCACAAUUAAGUGGAAAAUAUAUAUUUAUAUAAACCCAUCAUAAAUAAGCCUAAAAAAUACCAGCUCCCUUGAAGUGGAAUUAUGAUGCCGUUUACACCACAUUUCUGAAAGGGUUUGGUUAUCAGAAAGUAAACUUAAAAUCAGCAAGUUUGGAAACUGAUCAGUAAAAAUGUCAAAAGGUUAUGAUACAUCAAAAGCAUAUGAUGCAACAAAACAAUAUGUCACUAAAUCACAAGACUGGUCAGUAGGUUCUGGAAUGGUGUUGCAGCCAGCACAGGGGGUAGCAGUCACUCUUCCAGGAAUCAUGUAUGGUAGCGGUUCUCAACAAGGUAUCAGUGUAAAUACUGGUUACCCUUAUGGUCAGCAAAGCAUGUUUGUUAAUCAGACACCAGGUAUGAUGUCUGUUGGACUUCAGAAUUCUACCUAUCCAAACCUCAUGCAGAUGAGUUCUGCACCAUUGCCCCAGUAUCAGAUGUAUGGAGCUGCUGCAGUACAACAGAUGCAAGCAAUGAAUAUGUCAGGAGCAAACUAUAGCCAAUUGCCCUACUCACAGCAACACAAAUACUUAGACAAAGACCUAAAGUAUUCAGAUGUCUAUAUGAUGUCAGCAGCAAAUGCUUCUAACAUGCCUAUGGUUGGAAACCCAAUGACAUGCAUGCAAGUGAAGAACAACCCCAGUGCUCCAAUGUACACCUACAACAGCCAGGGUAUGCCUGUUGCUUAUUCAUCAGCCAGUAAGAGCAGCAAUUUGUCAGGUACUCGUAAGUAAAGGCAUAUAGAGAUGGAAAAAAACUCUGCCUAUAAUUCAGUCUCAUUGGAAAAUUUACAAAUCCAAUUCAUAUUUCUUUAACGUCUGUAAUGGGUUUUCCGUGACUUAAUUUUUUAUACUAAAGUGUUGAUUAAUUUCAUUGUCUUUGUAGUAUAUUUCCAUUUUAAGUAGAUUUCAACCCAGACAUAUUUGUCUUAUUAAAAGAAAACAAAAAUGUACAGUAUCUGUAUUAACAUAGUUAAUUAAAUAUUGUUUUUAAAAUUC